AUGACGCGCGCUUGGGGCCUCUCGGCGGCUUUGCUUGGCCUGGGUCUGGGGCUGGCCCUGAGCUUGCCGGGGUCCGGCGCCGCCGACUGCGGGACCCUGGGCCCGGCGGAGCGCUUGCCAUUCGUCCCGACAGCCAGGUCCCGAUGGCUGGCCCCUCGUGUCCGCGCUCAGGGCCCCUUGGACCCUCUCUACAGCACCGUGCGCCGCUUCCUCUCCGUGGUGCAGCUCAACCCCUUCCCCACCGAGUUGGUAAAGGCCCUGCUGAAUGAGUCGGCCUCCUGGAAGGUGGAUGAGGUGGUCCGGUACGAGGCUGGCUAUGUGGUGUGUGCCGUGAUCACAGCCCUCUACUUCUUGGUGGUGCCCAUCACCGGACUCUGUUUCUGUUGUUGCCGCUGCCGAAGGCGCUGUGGGGGCCGUGUGAAGACAGAGCACAAGGCUAUGGCCUGUGAGCGAGGCACCCUCAUGGCCUUCCUGCUGCUGACUACCCUCGUGCUGCUGAUUGGUUUGGUCUAUGCCUUUGUCACCAACCAGCGAGUGCAUGAGGAGACACGCCCCAGUGUUGAGGCUGUGCCUGAGGCUCUGCUCAGUCUCCAGGGCCUGGUCUCUGAUGUCCCUCAGGAGCUGCAAGCAGUGGCACGGCAGUUCUCCCUUCCUCAGGAGCGAGUCUUGCAGGAACUGGAUGGUAUCGGUGUGAGCAUCGGGAGCACUAUACACACCCAGCUCAGGAGUACUGUGUACCCAUUGCUGGCAUCAGUGUUCAGCCUGGGCCAAGCCUGGCAGGUCUCUGUGGACCACCUCCAAGUCCUGAACGCUACCUCAGUGGAGCUGCAGAAGGGGCAGGAAGAGCUGGAGCCUGUCAUUGUGAAGCGCCGGGAACACCUCCUGACCCUGCUGCAGGAGCCCAGCUGCCAGGGCUGCUCUGGGGCCAUGAGCCAGGCCCGUGCCCUGGAGCUGGGCUCUGACUUCAGACAGGUGCCCCCUGUGGAUGAUGUGCUGCAUCGGCUGAAGGAUGUUCCAGAAGCCAACUUUUCCAGCAUGGUCCAGGAGGAGAACAGCACUUUCAACACACUCCCCCUCCUGGCUGCCAUGCAGACGACUGACAUGGUCAAAGAGCUGAAGAAGGCAGUGGCUCAGGAGCCCAAGGGGGUAAGGACACUGGCCGAAGGGUUCCCGGGUUUGGAGGCUGCCUCCCGCUGGAGUCAGGCCCUGGAGGACAUGGAACAGAGUAGCCGAUCCUACCUGCAGGAAGUGCAGAGAUAUGAGAGAUACAGGUGGAUUGUGGGCUGUGUGCUGUGCUCCGUGGUCCUGCUUGUGGUAGUCUGCAACUUGCUGGGCCUCAGCCUGGGCAUCUGGGGACUGUCUGCCAGGGAGGACCCCAGCCACUCGGAGGCCAAGGGCGAGAUUGGAGCCCGCUUCCUCAUGAUGGGCGUAGGCUUCAGCUUCCUCUUUGCAGCACCCCUCAUCCUCCUUGUCUUUGCCACCUUCCUGGUGGGUGGCAACGUGCAGACACUGGUGUGCAGGAGCUGGGAGAGUGGGGAGCUCUACGAGUUUAUAGAUACCCCAGGGAACUUGCCCCCAUCCAUGAACCUGUCUCAUCUUCUUGGCUUGAAGAAGAACAUCAGCAUCCUCAUGGCCUAUCAGCAGUGCAAGGAAGGGGCCGCACUCUGGAGUGUCCUGCAGCUCAAUGAUUCCUAUGACCUGGAGAAGCACCUGGAUAUUAGCCAGUACACUGCCAAGCUGCAGCAGAAGUUACAGAGCCUCAAAGUGGACGUGCAGGAUCUGGACCUGCUGAGCCCUGCUGCCCGCCAGGACCUGGAGGCCUUGCAGAGCAGUGGGCUUGAAAAGAUCCAGUACUCUGACUUUCUCACUCAGAUCCAGAAGCCCGUGGUGAAAACCAACAUGAAGAAACUGGUCCAGGAGCUGGAAGGACUUGCCCGGGCCCAAGGCAAUUCUGUGCUGGGGCAGCAGCUACAGGAGGAGGCCCUCACACUUAGAAGCCUCUAUCAGGAGAGGGUCCUCCCCCAACAGAUGCUGGUGGCAAGGCUCAACCGCAGUGUCAGGGCCCUGGCGUCCUCCACCCCAAAUCUCCAGUCAGAAACUUCAGCCAUCCUGAACAAUGCCACUUACCUGAAACAAGAACUUCCUGCCUGGGCCACCCGUAUCCUGAGGAAUGAAAGUCAGUGUUACCUGACCCGGGAGAUGGGCUACUUCUCCCAGUAUGUGGCCUGGGUGAGAGAGGAGGUGACUCAUCACAUAGCCACCUGCCAGCCCCUCUCCGGAGCCCUGGACAAUGGUCGUGUGAUCCUAUGUGACAUGAUGGCUGACCCCUGGAAUGCCUUCUGGUUCUGCCUGGCUUGGUGCACCUUCUUCUUGAUCCCAAGCAUUGUCUUUGCUGUCAAGACCUCCAAAUACUUCCGCCCCAUCCGGAAACGUCUCAGCUCCACCAGCUCUGAAGAGACACAGCUCUUCCACAUCCCCCGCGUCACCUCCCUGAAACUGUAG